AUCAAGAUGGCGCUGCAGGAGUUGAGCUCGCUGGAGAAAUAUCUAGGAUUAAAGAAGCCCAACAAAUACAGCACACAGGGAGACAAAAAGGUCCCUGUUCUCCAAAACAGCAAUAGACCAGUAUUGGUUGGUCUGUACACAAUAGCUGCCCAUCUUGUACAUGAAGCCAAGAGAGCAGAGCUGUUAGGAGACAGUGCUGAGCAGAGAGCUGUGGUUCAGCAGUGGCUUGAGUACAGAAUCACCCGACUAGACAGCUAUCCUAAAGAUGAGCUCAAACUUAUCCUGAAGGAAAUUAACCAGUAUCUGGAGGACAAGGUUUACCUGGCUGGCAACGUCUUCACCCUGGCAGACAUUUUCAUGUACUGUGGGAUUCAUCACAUUAUUGUGGAUUUGGCCAUACAGGAGAAAGAGCAUUAUCUGAACGUCACAAGAUGGUUUGAUCAUAUCCAGCAUUAUCCAGGUGUACGACACCAUCUGCCUCCUGUGGUGGUUCUGAGGAACAGACUUUACCCCAGUGGUCACCACUGAAACUCUUUAGAACUUCAUUCUGGGUUGUUAAAUAAGCCAGACCUUGAGGCCACCAUAUCAGCCCCAAGCUGACAAACAGAGCUGUCCCAUUGGGUCAGGUUUAACACCCCAAAACUGAUGUCAAUCUGACCGGUCAGGGCAAUUAAGUCUUUUGUGUGUGUGUUUUUUUAUUUUAUUUUAUGUGCUUUGCUUUGAUGUUUUUGUUUUAUUAUUUUUUUUUUAGUUUGUUUUGUUUUGUGUCAUCCAGCUGGUAAGGACAAUUAAAUCAGUAUAAAGCAGUUAUCAAACUGAGUGUUGUUUCUUAGAGAAUGGUUUGUUACAAUUGUGUGCAUAGGGUUAAAAAGUAAUCAUAGGCUCAGCAAGAAGAAUGAGAGCAAAUGACUGUGGUUCAAGCGAAUGUUUCGAAAAAAACUGCUUAUUGGAAAGCAGUAACAUUAUUAAUAACCUGAAUAUUUAAGUGUGUAAAUAGUAGAUAAGGUAGUCUUUAAUUUAAUAAUCAAAAUAAAAUUGGUA